AUGAGGCAAAAAGGCGUUAAAGGAAUAUAUUGGUUGAAAAUGGAUGAUACAAUGGAAAUACAACCACCAGAUUUUGCGGAGAAUGUCCCUUCAAUGCCGAUAAGUCAACCAAUGGAGACAGACAGUGAUCAGGCACAAAUCGGUGUAGUUCCAUCAACAGCACCGACUGGCCCACAAUCAGGAAGACAUGAAGAGUUCUCAGUUGAGAAGGUUCUAGAUAGAAGAAUUAAAAAUGGCAAAGUGGAAUACCUACUAAAGUGGAAAGGCUACUCUAAUGAAGAUAACACUUGGGAACCUGAAGACAAUCUAGAUUGUCCAGAACUCAUUUCAGCAUAUGAGGAGGCAAGACUCAAGAGGGAAAGGGAGGCAGCACUGACAGUCACAGAGACUGUGGAAGAAACUCCAUCUACCCGGAAACGAUCUCGUAGAGGUGACAAAAAGAAGAAACUUGAGGAAAUUGAAAAACCACGGGGUCUUAACAGAGGAUUGCCACCAGAAAAAAUAUUAGCUGGUCAGCUUUUCCAUGGGACUUUAUAUUUCCUAGUGAAAUGGCAAGGAUGUUUGGAGUUAGAUGUUGUUCCUGGGCACAGCUUAGGCGAGGCUUUUCCUGAUUUCGUUAUUGAUUACUACUCUCGCUGCGCUCCGUUCAGUGUAAGACAUCCGGUAGGGAAGGUGGCACGGCAAGCUCCAGAGCUACCCCCUCUGGAUGGAAACUCAAGUAAUGCUCCGAUGGACGUUCCGGAAGGCACAAUCCAAAACGAAAAUCUGGCUGACACCUCAAUUGCAACACCGUCCGCUGACGCGGCAUCGAUCGAAACACCACCGGCGGAGUUGGAGGCACCGCCAAUAGAAGUGCCCGUCAAC